AUGUCUCGGGUGACCUUUGAGUUCAGAACCCGCAUGCCCCGUAAGAAUGAAAAUCUUCUCUUCGCAGCACUUGGUAUCGAUAUCAACACAGGUCGCCAAGAACAGCAGGCCGUCAUCAACCUGACCCGAGAGAUCUAUAACCCUAUGGUUUACGAUUUUGUCCAUCUCCAGGGCAGAACUGAUUGGAACGCAAUGUUCAAAGGUGGAAAUACAGCUGAGAUCAAACUAAGGUUUACCAAUCCAACCGAGCUUGCCAAUCCUCCUGCUUAUAUUCCUCCUCUUCCUCCUAUCUCUCCUACAAUUCCUAACAUCGAGGCAGAUGAUCCUUUCUUUGCACAAAUUCCCACCGUAUCCUCUGCCCCUGCUCCAGCUCCUGGUCACAUUCCUCCUCUUCCUUAUAUUUCUCCUACGAUUCCUGUUAUUGAGCCGAAUGAUGCUCUCCUUGCACGAAUUCCCAGCGUAUCUUCACCGAAAUCUCUUCCGCCCGCUCCUAGUUCCCUUCCUUUCCCUCCACCUGGCCGUUUCCUUCCCCCUCCAAUAAUCCCUCGACCUGCCCGUCCAGCUGUUACUGGAAUUGGCCCUAAGAUUGCCCCUCUAAUUAGCCCUCCAGAUAAUGAUCGAUAUGUUUCCCGUCGCUCUGUAGCUGACGAUAGACCAAGACAAGAUGACAUACUCGCUGCAAUGGCAGCUCCCUCUCCGCCCCGUAUUGAGCCGGGCGUUCUGGAAAGUUAUACCAAAAAGGCCAAUAAAAAGCGAAGUACGGAUGAACAGGAUCCCCAACCACAGAAGAAGUUGCGCACUGCUCAUUCUUCAGAAGGUAAGGCAGAAUGGACAACCUUCACUAAUCUAAGUGAUUCAAGCUCAAAUAAGAGUGAGAGAAGCAUAGAUGGUGAUGGUGACAUUUGGAUGCGAGAUGGUUAUAAGCCUUACAAUCACAAGGUUGAGGAUAAGACUAUUGAGCCUGAAACUCAGGCGUGGGGUGCUAAGGUGCGACAAUAUCUCUCUGUUUUUAGUCGCCAAACACCCGAAGAAGAGCAGGCAAAUACCUCAGAUGUUGAAAUGAAGGAUGCGGGGCAGAUUUCCGAGAAAGGUGAAGGUGAGGAUGAGAAUGAGACAACAUAUGGCAGUGGGGAUGAGUUUGGGGUUGAGUUUGGACUUCUACCUGAGGUUGAGGAAGAGGAAGAAGAGGACACAGAAGAACAGGUAGAGGUAGAAUUAGGAAAGGGGACAGAAAAAGGGGAAGAAGAGGAAGAGGAAGGCCAGAAUGAGGAUGUGAGUAUGGAUUCUUAA